AUGGACAUCGUUUCGUCCCCUACGUCCACGUCGGCGGAGGAAGCUGUUGACUUUCUCGCGGCUCGCAGCCUAACCCAACCCCGCCAAUCUCAAUCCCGAUCAGAAUCACCUGCGGUUGGCCUCGAGAGCAACAACAACCAUGAACCCAUUCUGAAGACACCACCACCGAGACAGCAUUUGACCAGUCCCGACUACCCGAGUCCUCUCCGACAUCACCGUCGAACACCCUCUGCGCCGAAGCAGGUCAAGGAAUCCCUCAAUGCUCGAUCAGAGUACGUUACAAGCCAGGACGACGGAGUUGCAGAACAUCGUAUAAACCAGUAUAUCAUCAAGCAAGAAAUUGGGCGGGGAUCAUUCGGAGCUGUCCAUUUGGCAGUUGAUCAGUACGGCACUGAAUAUGCCGUCAAAGAAUUUUCCAAAGCACGACUCCGCAAGCGCGCCCAAUCCCAUAUCCUCCGCAAACCUCUCAGUCAACGACGCCGUGGUGCGUUGCAAGGUUUCAACUCUCCUCUACACAGAAACCUGGGAGAAGAUGGGAAGCACCAAACAAACGCCAUCGAGCUUAUCAAAGAGGAGAUUGCUAUCAUGAAAAAAUUGAAUCACCCCAAUCUUGUCUCCCUGAUUGAAGUGUUGGACGACCCUACCGAAGAUUCUCUAUACAUGGUCAUGGAGAUGUGCAAAAAGGGAGUAGUGAUGAAAGUGGGACUUGACGAAAGGGCUGAUGCAUACCCUGACCAUGUCUGCAGAUAUUGGUUCCGAGACUUGAUCUUGGGGAUCGAAUAUUUGCAUGCGCAAGGCGUCCUGCACCGCGACAUAAAACCAGACAACUGUCUGAUCACUGAGGAUGAUGUGCUCAAGGUCGUUGACUUUGGAGUAUCGGAGAUGUUUGCAAAAGAUUCCGAGAUGCUGACCGCGAAGUCCGCAGGAAGUCCCGCGUUUCUUCCUCCGGAACUCUGUGUCGCUCAACAUGGUAACGUGUCCGGGCGAGCGGCUGAUAUCUGGUCUAUGGGUGUCACAUUGUUCUGCCUCAAAUACGGACGUAUUCCCUUCGAGAAGACCGGUAUCUUUGAACUGUAUGAUGCGAUCAAAGCCGAAGACCCAACUAUGCCUUCAGAUGAAGACGAAGAUUUCCGAGAUUUGAUGACCAAGUUGUUGGAGAAGGAUCCUCAAAAGCGCAUCAAAAUGCAAGAGCUCAGGGAACAUCCCUGGGUCACCCUUCGUGGCGCCGAUCAGCUACUAUCGGAGGAGGAGAACACCUCCGAUCUCGUGGAACCACCGACAGAAGCCGAGAUGAAUUCUGCAAUUACAAUCAAUAUGAGGGAUUUGUUGACAGUGGUGAAAGCGGUGAAUAAGUUUAAGUCGCUCCUCGACAAGAAUAAGGCUCACCCGAUGACCUCGAUCCUUGGAGAUCAAAGUGACACACAUUUCUCGUACCCCCCUGCAUCCAUGAGGAAAGAUCCAAUGGCUCGAGCAGGUGGCAAUGCUCAACGGGCGCCUGCUGAGGGUGGAGAAAUACAGGCCGGCAUGAGGAACUUGAACUUGCGCCCUGUACCUACACUGAGUGUAGACGAUACCACUCUGUCCGACAAAAGUAAGCAAAAUGUGGCAUCUCCGAACAUACCGCCUGCAAUAGCGAGCGACGUCAGUACAGAUUCAGAUGAUAUCCCUCAAGCUCCAAACAUGGCCGAAAUUGAGAGCCUAGAUGCCGAGAAGCUGCCUCCAUUCCGCUCCUUGAGACCACAUUCACGUACGACAGAUGAGGUAGGUCGGCGGGGUCAGGCGCAUGAUCCUCUCGAGGACCAAUUGUACUUGUAUAUUGGACCCUCUACGUUUUCUGGAUUCAGUUCUCAGCACGAUGAUGACGAGUCAUUUAUCCGAGACGAUGACGAUGUACCGAUCGUUAGCGAGAGUCCAGGGGCCGCGGAUGUGGACAUAUACGAAACAGCGUACCGCGAUGAGAUUGAACGGAUCAUGGCUAAAGCCAAGGAAGAGAACAAAGAACCACAUGUCUACUUGACUCGCCGCGUAGAUGCGAAAUUACUGGCCAUUAGCGGUCUGGCAGGUAAAUGGGCCGCUGUGGGAGAGGAAGCGAAAAAUCACCUUAAGGAUUACACUCAAUUCUCAACCCGAAAAGCUCGAGUGACCGAGGUCAGCCGAGCACUGCGACAAGCUGCGAGGGAGGAGUACGAACGUAGGAAACAGGAGCGAAGGGAUUUCAUUGCAGCAGAGAAGGCGAAAAGGCAGGAAGAAGCACAAGAGAAGUCGAAUCCAUCAACUCCCAGCUCACCUCCCACAGCCGGAGGAAAUGUAGAACCGUCCGGUCCAAGCAGCCCCUGGUCUCCCGGGAGGCCGCCUUCACAAUGGCGAGGCAUGGCGGUAGACGCUGGCCGACAAGCCAAAACCUCGAUACGUGGCUUUGUGGAUAUGGUCAAGAGCAAACGAACCCGGUCGGGCAAUGAGGAAAGUUGA